ACUUCAAAAAAAUCCCAUUUAAUUUUCUGCUUUAACUUUCUUUAAUCUCCAUUUUGUUCACAUAAUCUCUCUCUCUCUCUCUCUCUCUCUCUCUCUCUCUCUCUCUCUCUGUUUCUUUCCCUUUCUCUCUCUGUCUUCUUCAUUUCCUCCUCUUUCAAUUUCAUCCUCCUCCUCCCCCAAUACCCAUAUGAGGAGGAUGAAAACCUCAUGAAACCCCCAGAAGACACAGAAAGAAAAAAAAGAAAAGGAAACCACACAAGAGUACUAUAAAAGAUCAAAUGAAGGAUCCAUUUCCAUAUCCAUGGAGAAAGGAUUAAUGGAAUAGUUCUUCUAUCUAUCUAUAUAUAUAUAUAUACAGGGGAAGUCAAAAAAGAAAAAGAAAAACCCAAAUCAAAUAGAAGAAGAAGAAGAGAGAACAGAGAAGCAAUCAAAGAGUUAUCAAGAUGAACGACCUGUUCUCAAGCUCCUUCAAGAAGUACACAGACCUGAAGCGUCAGGCCUACCUGGACGACAUGGAGGCCGGUGGAGAGGCGGGGAAGGAAAGCGUGAAUCUUGACAGGUUCUUCGAGGAUGUGGAGAAAGUCAAGGAAGAUAUGAGGAAUGUGGAGAGUCUCUACAGGAAGCUUCAGGAUUGUAAUGAAGAGAGCAAGACUGUCCACAAUGCAAAGACCAUGAAGGCGCUCCGAGCCCGUAUGGAUUCCGAUGUCCAACACGUCCUCAAACGUGUUAAGGUCAUCAAGGGAGCCCUCGAGGCUCUCGAGCGCUCCAAUGCCGCUCAUCGUAAUCUCCCAGGCUGCGGCCCUGGCUCAUCAGCCGAUCGCACUCGGACCUCUGUCGUUGCUGGAUUGGGGAAAAAACUCAAACAGAUGAUGGACGAUUUUCAAGGGCUGAGAGCAAAGAUGAACAGCGAGUAUAAGGAGACCGUGGAGCGCAGGUACUUCACCAUUACAGGCCAGAAGGCCGACGAAGAUACGAUUGAGAACCUGAUUUCAAGUGGGGAAAGCGAGAAUUUCCUACAGAAGGCAAUUCAGGAACAGGGGAGGGGCCAGAUUUUGGAUACCAUUUCAGAAAUUCAAGAGCGACAUGACGCAGUGAAGGAGAUUGAGAAGAACCUGAUUGAGCUUCACCAGGUGUUCUUAGACAUGGCUGCUCUGGUUGACGCACAGGGGCAGCAACUCAACGAUAUCGAAAGCCAUGUAAUGCAUGCCAAUUCCUUUGUCCGGCGAGGAACAGAGCAGCUUCAUGUUGCGAAGGAGCAUCAGAAAAGCUCAAGGAAAUGGACGUGCAUCGCCAUGAUUCUUGGUGUGGUUGUCAUCGUCAUCAUCUUGUUACCAAUUUUCACUAAUAUGAUGAUCCUUUCUAAAGCCUAGGUGUAGAUGAAGAAAAGAAAAGGAAAAGUAGCAGGAAUUGCAGGAAAAUGUGAAGAAACAGGAUUCAUGAUGGAGCUUGGGAGAGCCAUUAUCAGAAUUCAGAUUAUGUUAUUUCUUAGGAGUUGAGCAAAAUUUGUGUAUUAUUUUUUCUUUUUUUCUUCUUUCUUUUGAAGGGUUUCUCUUAGAUAAUACAAAGAGUGACAUGAAAUGUAUAUUACUUUAGAAGGAAUGGGAAUUUGAGUUAUUCCUUCUA